AUGUCUUCCGAUCCGGACUUUGGGGCCGAGGACCCUCAUGUGGCCGAGUCCACGCCUCAAGAGGCCGCUGUGGAUGAGAAGCGGCAGCAGAGCUUCUUGGAUUCGCCAUCGGAUGGAGUUAAUGGGCAGGAAAAGUCGGCGAUGGCGUCGACCGACCCGGUGCCUCCGUCGUAUGAUGAUAUCGAACACAAUGAUGAGAAGGAGAACAUCCACGCCGACACCGCGGAGGAGCUGGUCACGAAUGUGCUCCACGUCGACGAUGAUCCAUCUCUCAAUCCGUGGACCGUCCGCACGAUCUUUCUAGGCGUCGGACUCUCGAUCUUUGCCUCGGUUCUCCAGGAGAUUUUCUACUUCAAGCCGCAGACCAUUCUCGUCUCGCAGGUGUUCCUGACGGUUAUUGCCUAUGUUCUCGGCGAGGGCAUGGCCUAUGGAAUUCCUCGCAUUGGAUGGCUCGGUAACUUUCUGAACCCAGGACCCUUCAACAGCAAAGAGCAUGCCGCGAUUGCUCUCAUGGCCUCCGCCGCGGGACAAUCCGCCCUCGCGACACAGGCUUUGGCUGCGCAGCAGCUCUUCUACGGUGGAUACCCGAGCCACGCUGCGGGUAUCUUUAUCACGCUGUCGUCUCAGCUGAUUGGUUAUGGAAUUGCUGGUCUGCUUAGGGAAGUCCUGGUGCGCCCGACGAAGAUGCUGUGGCCUAUGACCCUGCCGAUCAGUACACUGCUGGAAUCGCUUCACCGGGAUAAGGUCGAGUCGAAAUCUCGCCUGAAGGUUUUCUAUGUUGUGUUCACUGUGUUGUUCUUCUGGGAAAUCAUCCCCGAGUGGAUCUUCCCUGUUCUUGAAGGUGUCUCGAUCUUCUGCCUUGCUGACCAGAACAAUCUCAUCUUCACAAAUCUCUUUGGCGGUGCUUCCGGUAACGAGGGUCUCGGUUUCUUGUCUGUGUGUUUCGAUUGGCAGUACAUUGCCUCGACUGGCUCUCCCCUGUGGUAUCCUCUGUAUGCCCUGACCAACUCGUUGAUCGGCUACCUGGGCUGCAUCAUCCUCUUCAUGGGAGUCUACUAUGGCAACAUCUUUAAUUCUCAGAACUUCCCCUUCCUCUCCCAAUUGCUGUUCUACGGCAACUCCACCUCCACCACAUUCUAUACCUAUGACCAGAACCUCAUCAUGAAUGCCGACCACACCAUCAACGAGGCCAAACUCCGCGAACAAGGCCUCCCCUGGCUGACGGGCACUUACCUGAUCUACCUCAUCACCUCGAACAUGGGUCUCACUGCCACCUUCACGCACAUGCUGCUGUGGAACUGGGACGACAUGAAAGCAGGAUGGUCGUGGGCCAGCCCGAGCCAACUGAAGAGAUUCCUCAAGCCGCAGACCUACAAGUUCUGGGCUAACCAGGAAGCUCCCGAAGAGCGUCUGCAGCGCAAGGUCGACGAUCCCAGCUACGAUCCCCACUACAAGCUCAUGCUGCGCAAUCUGUACUACGAAACACCUCACUGGUGGUGGGGCGCCGUGCUGCUCGUCAGCUUCGUCGUCGGCCUCAUCUGUCUCUACGUGAUGAAAUCGACCCUGCCCUGGUGGGGCUUCAUCAUCGCCAACCUGCUGACCUUCAUCUUCAUGCUCUUCUUCGGCGCCCAGAUGGGCAUUACCGGUUUCCAGUUCAACGUCCAGCCCAUCUGCCAGAUGCUAGCAGGAUACAUGUUCCCCGGCCGUCCACUAGCCAACCUCUACUUCACCUGCUACACCUACAACUCACUACAAAUGGGCCAAGUACUCGCCAAGGACCUCCGUCUAGCCCAGAACGUGCACCUGUCCCCGCGCUGCACAUUCUUCGUCCAAGUCGGCGGCUGCGUCGUCGGCGCCCUAUUCAACUACAUCAUGAUGUUAACGAUCGUGCAAAACCAAGCGCCCAUCCUGCUUUCCAUCCAGGGCACCAACAUCUGGAGCGGACAGAACAUCCAGCAGUUCAACACGCUAGCCAUCGCUUGGAGUAUCGCCAAGGACAUGUUCUCCGUCGGCGGCCGGUACCAGUGGGUAACAAUCUCGUUCCUGCUGGGCUUCGUGGUUCCCUUCCCCUUCUGGAUCGCGUACAAGUUCUGGCCUAAGAAGAUCUUCGCCUACAUUAACCUGUCCAUCAUCCUCUGGUACAUGGGAUAUUUGUUUGUGGGCAUCAACGCCUCCAUCCUCAGCUACUUCGCGAUCGGCUUCUUUGCCCAAUGGUGGCUGCGCAAGUACCGCCCUGCCUACUUCACCAAGUACAACUAUAUCGUGUCUGCGGCGCUGGACGGCGGCACCCAGGUCUGCGUUUUUAUCUUGACCUUUGCUAUCUUCGGUGGCUCGGGCAAAUCAUAUAACUUCCCGACCUGGGCUGGUAACCCUGAUCCCAGUCUGCACAACCUGGAUUAUUGCGCCGUCAAUACUGCGAAUAAUGGAUAA